UCGGUUAAAUUUUACCACCAGGCGGCGCAAGGUGUGUCAGUGUGUAAAAAAAAAGAAAAGAAAAAAGUUCGUGUAAGCAAAAGUGAAUCAGCUGCGAAAAAAGUAAAUUUUUCUGGUAAAAAAUGAAGUUCCAAUACAAGGAGGAGCAUCCCUUUGAGAAGAGACGUGCCGAGGGUGACAAAAUCCGCAGGAAAUAUCCGGAUCGUGUUCCUGUAAUUGUGGAGAAGGCACCAAAGGCGAGAAUUGGGGAUUUGGACAAGAAGAAGUACCUUGUGCCGUCUGAUUUGACUGUUGGCCAAUUCUACUUUCUCAUCCGCAAGCGAAUUCACUUGCGUCCUGAGGAUGCUCUCUUCUUCUUUGUCAACAAUGUGAUUCCGCCCACAUCCGCAUCAAUGGGAUCUCUGUACCAGGAGCAUCACGAAGAAGACUGUUUCCUCUACAUUGUCUACUCCGAUGAGAAUGUCUACGGCAAGAGGUUCUAAAUGAGUUUUACAAACCAGAUUGAUUCUGGGAACUCACUGUAGGAUCAUACAAAAAAAACAAAUGGAACCACAUCUCCCUUUUCUCUAUUUACCCAAACGGUCCUUUUAAAUUUCAACAAAAAAAUAAUUUUUAUUAUUUCUGGUUUUGCAAGUAAGAACAAAAUGAAAGAAAAAAAAAUAAGCAUUUCUUACCACAAUCAUGUAUAUUCUGUAAUCCCUUCGCAGAAAAGGGAUAGAAAUCUACAUAUAUAUGAGAGUUCAUAGGAUGCUAGAAAACUAGAGACAAAAAAAAAAUACAAAAAAGAUAAUUUUUUCAGCUAAAAGUUAUCUAAAGAAGGCUUUUGCAAUUUUUUGACACAUCUUUGACAAGAAAUUUUUGCAUGUGUCAAAGAAACGUCAAAAAAUUCACAAUGGCUUCUUUGUGAUAACAGAAAACAGCUAGCAAAAAAAAAAGAAUGUAAUUUUUGUGACUAAAUGAAUUUUAGAUUGAAAUUUUAACGAAUGAUUAAGAUUAAAACAAAAAAAUGAAAUCAUGCAGCACUAUAUUUAAGAUUGAGAGGUUUUCAGUUUUAUUUACUUUCAAUUUUUAAUACACGUUAUAUAAUUAUUUUUUUAUCAUUAUUCUGGCGCAACAUUAUUUAGUCCAAAAAGAGAAACAUCCUUAUUACAUUAGUUCCAGAAAUGCAUAGUGGAUGGACUAUUUCAACUAAAUUGUGUUAUUGGUGAAAUAAAUAUUGGACUUUUUUAAAUGUAAUAAUUGUAUUAUGUAUAAUUAGAAUUAAAAAUGAGAAUAAAGUAUAUAAAUAAAUAUAAA